UUACAGUGCCUUCACUGCCAGUGCGCCAGUGCCAUUCUCGUCUUCGAAGAUUGCAAACGCAACUGAUUUCGAAGAACUGUUUGAAUGUUUUUGGUUAAUUAUUGUAAUUAGUUCAUGAAAAUUUCUUUGGUAAAGACAUAGUCUGCUGCGAUAAUGAGUUCGCGUAAUGCCAGCCGUAAUCAUGAUUCUACACAGAACAGCAGCAUAUCCAACGCGACCACGGUCUCCCGAUCUUUCACGGCGUCCACCCGGGACAAUGACAAGCAGCGCAGACAGAUCCUGGAGAAAGAAGCGGCCCUUAAAUCCGUCCUCACGUUUUUCAGCCAUCCCCAUAUCCUUGCUCCCAUUUACCAGCAUUCUCUUACCAGCCCACCCAAAGAAAUGCUCAGUGAAAUGAAGUACGAGCUCUUCGAGUACAUCUUCAGCGAACUGCGCAGCAAUCUCCAGCAUGCGCUGUUCCUGGAGAAAUCCUACAUGGAAUCUCUGGAGGAGCUGCUCAAAGACGCGGCGGAACCCAUAGCCAUGGGGGGCUUGUCGGAUGACGAGCUGCGGUUUAUUUAUCAGAGACUGUUAGAGCAUUUGGGUUGGUCUGGGGAGAUGUCAGCGCGGAUACGCUUGGUGGAUCAUAUCAAGCAGAUACUGCAGACAUGGGAGAAGGAGGAAGACGAAGAACAGAUCACGGAGUUUAAUGUGCUGAAAGCGCCGCAGAAUCUCGUGGAAGUGGUCAGGGAGAAGUUGGCGCAGUUGAAAAAAGAGAUCCCGAUGCGGACGGUUAAGGAAAGGGAGGCGUGGAGGGCCAUCCUGGAAAAGCGAGGUAUUCACGCGGAGUGUGCGGCUGAUGAGCCGCAGGAUAUUAACCCCGAAGAUCCGGAUUUGAGUCAGUCGGAGGAUCUGUCCACAGUGGCUAAUAUGACAACCCGUGAGUUUGACGAAAUGUCCCUGGACAGUGAUGGGGAAGUACCAGGCACCCAGAACGAAGAUAUCGUUAUUGACUGAGCUGACUUUCACGUCAAAUUAGUUCCUUUUUGUUUUGAGUUUUGACCCGAAUUCUUUGUGAUAAUUGGUUUUCCUUGGUUCUCAAGUUGUUGUUGCGUUAAGUGAAUGAUUGCCGCACUUUUUAUUCGUCGAUUUAUCCGGCACAGAUUAUUGUUGUGUUUUUCUGGGGAAAAAUUAUGUACCUAUUUGCGACAUUUGAUACUGUAAUGACAGGAUGGUAUGAAAAUACGCAGUAAGCGAAUCAAAAU